AUGCUACGAUGCUACCAGCGUCUAUAUCGACCGUUGCAUUUGCAAUUUUACUCUCAAUUAUUCUUGUCCAAGUCAUGCGACUGCCCCAAGAACAGAACAGGCCCCAGCUGCUUGGACGUAGCCGAUCGCUCCAUCCUUCGGGGACGAUGUGCAAAGGCGUUUUACCCGUCCAUCAUGGAGUGCACCAAAUCGGAGUUGUCGUGCCUCAACAACUGCAACAAGAAGGGAACAUGCACGGGCGGCUGGUGCCACUGCCAACCUGGGCGCUUCGGCGCGGACUGCUCCCUGUCCCUGGGCCCGGACGGUCGCCCCCAGCUGCUGGCGGAUAAAGGGUAUCAGACGCGGGAGAAGAGGCCGUGGGUGUAUGUGUACGAACUACCGCCGCACCUCUUCACCUGGCUUAACACCAAACGACUGGACCGCUCAACUCACCUGAUGUUCUACCAGCGGCUGUUGGGCUCUGGGGCCCGGGUGGCGGAUGGAGAUCUGGCGGACUGGUAUUACAUCCCCAUUAGGCUCCGAACCGCGACCGAUUCGGCCUUUUUGAAAUACGCCAUUGAAUAUAUACGGGAGGCCUAUCCCUGGUGGAACCGUACGGGAGGUGCACGACACUUCGUCAUACACACGGGUGACUUGGGUGCGGAUGAGGUGAUGGAUGAUGUGUACGGCAUGGCGGCCAACAUGACGUGGCUGACACAUUGGGGCCUUACGGUGGAUAAGAACACCUCCGGCUGGUGGAAGGCACACCGCCCCGACAAGGCGAGGGCGGGGGCCCGUUGGGGCACCAGAGGGGGCUAUUACACACGAGUAUCAGUGAAUAGGAGGAGAGGGUCGCAUAUGUGGGGACCGCCAUCCCCCGCUCCUCACCGCGCAGGUGUACGGCAGAAAGUGCACUUCCACCACUGGAAUCGUACAGGAUUUCGGAUCGUGACGUUUGAAAGGAAUUACGGCAAAGCUCUGGUCAGCUCUAAGUUUUGUCUGGCACCUCUGGGCGGGGGACACGGACAGCGACAGAUCAUCGUGUCGUACAUGGGCUGCAUCCCCGUGUGUAUUGCGGAUGGCGUGUACGAACCAUUUGAGCCGCAAACCGAUUGGACGGAGUUUGCCGUACGGCCGGCGGAGGCGGAUAUUCCCCGACUUCACGAAAUCCUGGAGGGCAUCUCCGCGGGGAAUAAGCUGGCGGAGAUGCAGGUCGCGUUGCGAUGCGCGGCACAGCACUUGUUGUACAGUAGCAUGGUAGGGGGGUUGUUCGGGGAGGACGGCCGGUACGACGCGUUUGAAACCACGUUGGAAGUUCUGCGAGUUAAGGCCGCACAUCCUGACGCGCCGCCAGAGUCGUACCGAAAAUUGGAUCCGGAUUUUGAUACUUUUAUGAGGUGUCGGGAUCCGCCGGGGUGGAAAGUUUCGGGGCCGGUGCCGGAUAUGUGGGGGAUGUUGGACGGGGGAGGUGGCGGGGAGUCGGGGUUGGGUGCAGGGGUUGGGGGAAAGGGGGGGGCGGUGGCGGAGCAGCAGAAUCCGCUGUGCAGUCAUUCGAUAAUGGAUCGGGGGAGGCUGCCGUGUGAGCGAUUCGUGCAGGGGUCGUCCAAGACGCACGGCAUUCCUGGCGGCAUCAUCUGCGCGCGCUCCAGGCAUAACCUGGCCAAGUGUCCACGGACAUGGUUGUAG